AUGGUAGCUGCAGCUGCUGCUGCUGCAAUGGCCAACAAAAGAGUCGCUCAGGAAAAGGCGUCUGCAGCUGAGAAAGAAGCCAAAAGAGUGGCUGAGGAAAAGGCAUCUGCAGCUGAUGCAGAAGCGAAAAAACUGGAUGAGGAGAAGGCAUCUGCAGCUGAUGCCCAAAGAGAAGCUGAGCUGAAAGAAGCUGAAAACAAGAGGAUCGAGGCUAAUAAGAAGAAGGAAGAAGAAGAUAAAGCUGAAGCAAUGAAGAAGGAUUUAGAGGAAAGAAAGAAAGAAUAUGAAGAAAAAAUGAGCCAGCUUAUGGCUAAAAACAACAAAGAGUUGAUAGAGGAAGCGAAAAGGAAAGAAGCUGAGAGAAAGAAAAGAGAAGAUGAGAGAAAGAAAAAAGAAGACGAUGAUGCCACAAAAGCAAUUGCCAUGGUGGUUGAAAAUGUAAAUGCUUCAGAGAGUGAAGCUCAAACCAUUGGUGGUAAAGGCACAAAAAGAGGAAAGAAGACAACAGCUACCAAGAAGAACACCAUUCUAAGUAUUACUAUGGAUGAAGAACUACAAAAGAAGUUGCACAACAUAUCAGAUUCAUACAAUCCGAGAAGAAGUACAAGAUCAAUGGUGAAAGUGCAACAAAAUGUUGGUGCUGAAGUAGUUAGCAAAGAAGAAUUUGAAGGCAAAGAUGUUUCUGGAGUUACUUCCAAAGUAACAAAUACUCCAAAGAAAAGGAAAGCGGCUGAGAAAGAAGAUGAGGAUGAGCCUUUGGAUGUUGAGAUAAUAAAAAUAAAAAAAUAA